UCAUUGCGUGCGAAAUAGCGAGAGGUCUCUUUUCGGCCUUUUUUCCCCGGUGAUUCAGUCGCAGGCUUCAGUGGUUUUGUAGAAGAGACAUUUACGAACAAAUUUAAAGCGAAUUUUUAUUUAGGUCCGGUGCAAAUUAUCGAAGAUUAUUCGUUCUCCAUCUAAGUUUUUAGAUCACACAUCCAAAACCCUAGAUUUCGAGGGGAGAGACAAUCAGAUAGAUUGUCUUUAAUCUCUCUUUCUCGAAUUUGAAUAUAUCUGUGCCAGAGAAACUAUGGUGCACCGAAGAACAUCCAAGUUGCUAUUCCUGCUAUGCUUUUUAUCCUGUUCUCUAAUCGCCAUUGCAGCGAAGAGCUAUUAUGAUAUUCUGCAAGUGCCGAGAGGUGCUUCGGACGAGCAGAUGAAACGGGCCUACAGGAAACUUGCGUUGAAGUAUCAUCCCGAUAAGAACCAAGGCAACGAGGAGGCUAACAAGAAAUUUGCUGAAAUCAAUAAUGCUUACGAAGUGCUUUCUGAUAGCGAAAAGAGGAGCAUUUAUGAUAGGUAUGGGGAGGAGGGUCUCAAACAGCACGCUGCCAGUGGUGGCAGAGGUGGCGGGAUGAACAUUCAAGACAUAUUUAGCCAGUUCUUUGGUGGAGGUCCAAUGGAAGAAGAAGAGAAGAUUGUUAAAGGUGAUGAUGUGAUUGUUGAAUUGGAUGCAACUUUGGAAGAUCUAUACAUGGGGGGGUCAUUGAAGGUAUGGAGGGAGAAAAAUGUCAUAAAGCCAGCCCCUGGUAAGAGACGUUGUAACUGCCGAAACGAGGUUUAUCACAAGCAAAUUGGUCCAGGGAUGUUUCAGCAGAUGACUGAGCAGGUCUGUGAACAAUGCCCUAAUGUGAAGUAUGAAAGGGAAGGCUAUUUUGUGACUGUUGAUAUUGAGAAAGGGAUGCAAGAUGGGCAGGAAGUGGUGUUUUACGAGGAUGGUGAGCCCAUAAUUGAUGGGGAAGCUGGAGAUCUGAGGUUUCGCAUCCGUACCGCAUCCCAUGACCUCUUCAGGAGGGAAGGCAAUGAUCUACACACUACUGUUACUAUAACCUUGGUGCAAGCUCUUGUUGGUUUUGAGAAAACCAUCAAACAUCUUGAUGAUCAUUUAGUGGACAUUGGCACAAAGGGAGUUACAAAGCCCAAGGAAGUGAGAAAAUUUAAGGGUGAAGGUAUGCCCUUGCAUUUCAGUAACAAGAAGGGAGACCUUUACGUCACAUUUGAGGUUCUGUUCCCUACUUCACUAACGGAAGAUCAGAAGACACAGAUUAAGGCAAUUCUUGGUUGAGAUGAGAUAUUAAAUUUUGUAUCUUCAGCGGCUCCUGCUUUGCUUCUCCACUGUAGCGUGAUGAUAUUCAUGAAAGCAUAUAGGCUUUGCACCAAAAUAGGAAAGCAUUUAGGGGUAGGCCAUCCUAGCGUUUGGCAUUCUUUGGCCCUGAUGGGUCACUAGUAUAUCAUAUUUCCAAGAAAUUUUUGCUGUAAUGCAUGCUAGGUAUCCUCCGGUAGGCCACUUUCUUUGCAUAUUGUUUUCGGCCGCUCCGAGGUAUUUACUGCUAGCCCGGUCAUUGUGGACAUCUAACAACGAUAAUACGUGAACUUGUCUGCUUUCCUGUGAGAAUGCCCCCAUUCAAUGUUGGAGGCAUUGUCCUGACUCUGCUAAAUCAACGGGCAUUUAGAUGUGGUAUUUAGCUCGAAUUUGUAAAUUAGCUGUCUGAUAGAUUUCUUGAAUUUGUUA